UGAUGGUCAUCGACUCGGAUUCCGACAAUGAGAAGAGCAAGGCCCUCCGCAGCGCACAGGGGCCACAAGGGCCACCAAAGGUGCCAACGCCUCCUCCGGUGAAGCCAACCAUUCCAGUGACUGCGGCUCCACAGGCUCCACAGGCGACAGAAAAGCCCAAGAAGGACAAAAAGGAAAAGAAAAAGAAGGAAAAGCCCAAGAGUUCCUCCUCGUCGGGCAGCGAUAGCGACGACUCAGACAAUCCAAAGAAGAAGAAAAGGAUAAACAAUUUCAGCUCAUUGAGAAACAUCGAGAAGGAAAGGGCUGAUGUGCGGAAGCACCGAAAUGCGGGUGCAGAAGCGGCACAGAACAUGCUGAAGGCUCUCAGUGACAAUCCUUACUUUGCACCAUAGAGGAGCAGAGGUUUGUGGAGGCCAAGUGAAUGUGCGGCUGCAAAUUCAGCCAUUCAUAUGCCUGCUGCAGUCUACCAUUAUGCGAGCAUGAGGAAGUCUGAGGAAACUAUGUGACCGGG